AUGUCCUUGCCUACCCGCGUAUGGGCCAACGCCUUAGACUUGGAUACGUCGCACUCAAGGAACGCAAACCACUUUGCACAAUUUCAAAAGGAACCAGUUCUCCGGAAGCUCUAUGCGUUCGGUAUAAAGCGUCUUCUCGCCUUGCGCUGUGAGACCCUCUCCUCCCCGCCUCUACGGGAGACUCUUCCUGCAGGUCAUUUGAUAGCUCGCCACACGAAUAGCCCUGCGUCUUCCUCUCAAGUCUUGAUCUCGCCGGUUCAAUUUGCUCUCGUCUUUAUCCUCCUAGAUCGAUCCACCUACAUCCCGAUUAUCCGCGCAGAUUACGGCUCCACAAAUCAGAACGUUGAGCGUGAAGGAGGUUAUCAAGAUGUGUACCAAAAUUGUUCGAACCUAUGGCUGUGGUCAUGUUGUAGUGGAUAUCGCUCCAUGCGCAACGUCCAAGACUACAAGCUCGCCAUGCCCGAACGUGAGCACAAGAGACUUGGAUCAUCGAACGGAGAAAUGUGA